AUGGAUCCGCCAAUUUCGCUGGAAGUGGAGGAUGCUGCUGCCAUGUCAGAUGCGAGUUCCAUGACUCUGUCGUGGCCUACCGGCUCUCCUCUUGUCCAGCCGCAAGACCCGGACCUGGACCUGACAGCUGAUGUCAUCCAGUUGGAACCGGAAUGCAGCGAGCAGGAUGGGGCGAUUUUGGAAAGCAUGGUUGAUGUCGAUGUCGAUGAAUGUACCGACUGCCCUGGCCAGACUGAGGAGCCUGGGGUAUGGACUCGUGGGAUGAAUUGUGGUGCUUAUGUAACAUCCACGCUGCCUUUAAACAUUCAGUGCAAAGUGGUCCUGGCAAAUGUACUUGCCAACGUAGAGACGCUUCCUGUGAACAUAUUGCGAGAGAUUCUUCCCUUCUUGCCGACGCGAAAGUCGCACAGCACUUCUUUGAAAACGAAGGUAGCAGCAGGGCUCACUGGCGUGAGCCAGUCUUCUUUUGACCGCAUCAAGAAGAUGGAGUUCCCGGCCCCUGUGAGCUGCAAGACAAAUGCUCCAGCUGCUGUUCCGAAUGAAGGUGAACGCAGCCAGUCCAGUCAGACGCAUGACAAGAAGGAGGACCAGCCAGACAAAGGCAUUGUGGACGUCACGCAAGACUUUGCCCUACGAAACCUGGUAGAUAUCGCCCUCAGCAACGCCUGCGAGGGCAGAACCUUUCAGGCCUUCGAACGCGUCGAUUUGGGCCAGCUGCCUAAGAGUCGCGCGAUGUGUGCCGAGAUAGAGUUUUUUGCCGCACGUGCUCUGCAGUGCAUGGACACUCUAGACCUGGAGACCCGGCUACCAGGCCUGGACAUUGCGUCAGACUUCGCUAUCAUGAUGGAUGGAAUGGCUUUGGGCCGAAACUCCUUUGCCAGACGAGAAUCCGUCUUGGUUGUCAGUUUGCAGCUGGUGAGCCCGCAUUCGGGCCAGCUGUUGACACCCAUGAUCGGUGCUAAAUCCUUGGGUUUGGGCGAUCACACAGGUUUGAACAUGAAGCAGCUGGCGCUUGAGGUGCUAGGAAAGCACCCGUCAGACCUGAGCAUGAAACGCCUUCGCCAAUCCGCUUCCAUCAUUGUGGGGGAUGGGGCAAUAGCGGCUGGUGGGCCCAGGCACAGGCAUAGCUCUUCCUCCUGCGCAGAGCUUCUGUGGCAAGACAUUUUCCCAGACUCUGCGUGUUGGGCUGCGCCCGUUAUGACAGAGUGGGGCCUGAUGCACCGAGAAAACUCUGCGUGCGACAGGGCCAUGCGGAAUGUGCCGGCCGCGGCCGAACUGUCUGACCUGGUGCAAGUCCUGGACAAGUUGUUCUGCAUGGGUGAUGGAAAAGCUUCUUGGGCUCUAUUGCGCGGCACUGCAGAUUUUCUGGGACUGGCAAAGCCAUCUCUGCGAACUCCCGGAGGCACCCGUUUCUUCAGUUAUUUUCACAUGGGCCUCAUGAAAAACUUUAAGUCAGUGGUGGCUGCAAUGCACGCCAAAUUAUCAUGGAAACACACUGGCCACGGCAAGACACCACUGCACAUGCUCUACAGUGUUGGACGACGGCUGACGAAUGUGGCUUUUGUCUGUUUCGCCCUUGCGUUUGAAGAGGUGGUGCCCAAGGUCAUGGUACCUUUUACUCUUAUGGCGCAGAAGGCUGUUGAGGUCCAGGACAUCGAGGGCUUAGCCAACAAGACUCUGAAGCAGCUCAAGGAGCACGCUCAGGCUUUGCGAGACACUGAGAAAAUGGUUCGGGUCGCAACGUUGAUCCGCCAACACGUUGGGCCUGGUGAUGUUGUCAGACUUCUGGCAGCUUUGCGGUACACAGCAGCUGCGCGCCUGGCGCCAGGCGUGCUUCGGGGCAUCAUGGAGAUGAUCUACAAAGUGCCUGCGAAGUUCCAGAGCUGCGUUCUGCAGACCACUGAAAGUCCUGAUGACUCGCGCCAGACCUUGGGGCCACACUGCCAGUGUGAACGCCGCAAUCAGUUUUUGCUCAGAGGAGGCAGCAGAGCUUCCUUGAAAGCCAAUAAGGCGCCCUUGACACUCCGGUCGCAUGCGACUGGACGGCGUGUGCAAGUGAAUGUGCCACUGUGGACUCUUGAUUCCAAGGAUGUCGCAGGCGAGUGUUCUGGACCUCGAGCGCAGAUCCACAGCAAGUCAGACAAGAUCAUGCUCCCAAAGCCCACGGCCAAGCCUGGGGACCCGCCCGCAGUCCCUUUUUUCAGGCAGCACUUGACAGAGUAUUCGCGUUGCAUGGUGCCAGAGGGCGUGUAUCAGGUGAGCAAUGACAUCAGUGCUGCUUUGUCCCAUGCAGUGCAAAUGUUGGAGGCUUUGCAUUUCGAAGUGUCAGAAAUGCAGGGCGACGUCGGCGUCAAUGAUGACAUGCAGCGAGUGCUGGGUCUCGGCUUGCGUGCUUUCGAUUGGCACAAGGUCCUUCUUGAUCGACCGACCCAACAGCAGUGCAACGACUUUCUGGCUUUUUGCAAAGAGAUGAAGCCCAUGCUGAAAGAGACCGCGUGGCCUGAGAAGGAAGAAUUUGACGUUGUCAGGCGCACAUGGGAUAUGCCAGACGCUGAGUUGAUCCAGCAAUACAAGCUUUUCGUGAGCAGACUUCGAGUGGCGUGGAGAGGCUUGCUUUCUGUCCCAGCAGACGUUAGAAAAGCUGCAAAAGAAUGGGCCCUGCCGGAACAGUACGUCGUGUUGCCAUUGAAAGUUCAUGCUGGAUUGAUGGCUUUACGAGGCUGUUUGAAGAACUGUGGCCACGCAGACCUCUGCAAGAUCAUUGCGCUGAUCUCUGCUUCUGUUGCGGGCAAGCCAGACACCUUUACCGUGGAAGCAGACUGCGCCUGGCCUGAGGGAGCCAUCAUCAGGCCUGGAGAAGUAGCUUCUGUGGCAGCCAAGAUGGUCAUGGUUGUGGAUGUCGAAUGUCAAAUAGAUUAUGCAGCAGUGGCCAGAGAUGUGAUGAUGAAGCGGUUCUUUGCACUUCCCACGCGCGAUAGCCGCCCCGCUUGGCACGCAGCGCGAGCUUUCCUUCGCUUUCGCAUGCUCCGGGCUCCGGAAGCUGCGGUGGAACGGAUCGGCUCGAUUCUCCAUCACCAAUUCAACACCAUGGCACAGUUGGCUCCAGCGCAGGCUGUGGACAGGGCGUUGCUGGCCCAAGGAUUGGUGACAUGUCUCGGCAACGAGAGGGAUGACCUGCUCAAAUCAGCCGUGAUGCAGAGCAUGUGCCAGAGUCGGAAGCAAGUGCUGCGCCGUAAGACUCCUGUGGUUCAGCAGGUGCUUGACAAGAGCGGGGCUUUGGAGAAGAGCGGCCGCUUCCACGAGUAUUUUCCUGGACAUUCCACAGCUGAUAUGGUUGCUCUCGUGGCCCCAGGCGGGAUGCAAGACCUUGAGAUGGGCGCUGGCAGGCUGCGCCAGAUACUGAGAGAGCAUCGUUUGGCGUCAAUUCCCACAGCAUUGCCAGACAACCUCCAAGCUGCACUUGCGAGGGUCACCAAGGGAGGGCCCAGGAUUGUGGAAGCUUUGCCCCAGUCGAAGGAGUUGGCCCACGACAGACGGAAGGGCAAUGUGGCACCGUCAAGCAUGAAGAGUCAUCUGCUGGAAUGGUUGAAGAGUGACGAGGGCCGUCGGUACCAAGAAGCUCACAUGAAGUUGUGGAAGUCCGGCCUCCAUGCCUGA